UUUUAGCAAAAUGGAAAAUUGUGAGAUAAGACGUCUAAAAAUGCUCUUAUUUAACAACUCGCGAAUUAUUUCUCAUGUCCACAUUUUCGGAGAAGAUGGAAGCGGAAGAAGUGAAAUUGUUCGUCAACUUCUGAGAAAACCUGAAAACGAUUGGGUUUGUGUGCUUGGAGACUUCCUCUAUGCGGAUGGAUCGCUGAAAUUGUUAUUCGAUUCACUGGCAUCGAGUUUAGGUUUCAAGACUAGAGGUGACAGAGCUGAGAAUUUUUGCGAUAACCUGUAUAAAUAUGUCCAAUGGCCAGACGAAACUAAUAGAAAAAUUGUCAUUUUUCUUGAUAAUGCACAAGCGAUAACAGACUAUCCUCCUGUUCCAUUACAAUGCUUAUUCGAUUCUUACAAAGCUAUACAAGAAAUAACGAUUCGAUUUGUGACGAGUGCACCAUCCUGCUUGAACCAAUAUCACAUUAAUCUGAGCCAUCUUCCAGUUGUAGAGUUUCACAUACCUGCACCAUCAGUAGAAACUACCAAAGUUCUUAUUUCUCGUGCAAAUCCAAAAAUCAACGCGCAAUUUCUUCACGUUGCUUGCCAGUCACUGUUCAUGGCCUGCAAGUCACCGAAUAUUCUUCUAUCAAUUAUAUCUGAUGCGUGGCUAAUGUAUGAUGAGCGGAGAACCGGCGAUAAAUUCGACUCUACACUGGCAAAAGAAUGCCUCAAUAGAUCAUCUGGAGAAAAGCUCGGGAAUGUUGUCGGAGAGAAUCUGGCCAAGGAGAACGAGAACAGUUUUGAUGCCAUGCCGCUCGCCAUGAGAUAUCUUCUCAUAGCCGCAUACUGUGCCAGCAAUAAUCCUCAUCAAUCAGACUGCCGAUUUUUCGUAAAGAACCACGGCCGAGAAAAGAGAUCAGAAAAGAAAGAGCUGCGUUUAGAAGAAAAUCGACUUGCCAAAGAUCUCGGUCCAAAAGCUGCAGAUCUUCAAAGAAUAAUUUGUAUUUACGAAACGCUUCUCAAAAUCAAUGAAUCGACUAUUACAGGAUUUGAUCUCAAAAGUGUUAUCGCAUCUCUCGAUUCAAUGGGGCUCGUGUCAGUAACAAAUCGAAGCAAUCUCGAUAUUCCGAAGAUCAAGUGUCUAAUUUCGUUGGAGAGCGCUCUCAAAAUAUCCAGGUCACUCAAUUUGGAGCUGCGGAAUUAUCUUGAACACGCCACCUGAAAAUUUCAACUGCCGGGUACAAUUAUCUCACUUUCUUCUCACCAACUAUGAAAUAAAUUACAUGAUUACUU